AUGGGGGGACGGCCGGUGAGUAGUGCAUCUGCCCACCCACGCCGGGGAACAAGAGAGUCGUGCGUCGUCUGUUGGCCUCGGGCAGCGUGCGAGAGCCCCCUUCCUCCCCCUCCCCAGAGUGCCAGGAGCUCCUACUGGAUGUCGUCGGUGCUGCGUCACAUGGAGGCUGGAAGCGAUUGGGGAAGGCUCGGCGUUUCUCUUUUUUGACUAAUUAUAAAGUCGCUCGCUCCACUUCCCCGGGUGCUGACUUUGCUGGAGAGCUCCCGAGCCCACGGAACAGACCAGCCUCGGGAAAGGGAAAGGAGGCAGGCAAGGAGCGGCUCGUCCUCGAAGUUCGCUUCUCCACCAUGUAAGAUCUGUUGGAGCCUGCCAGCCUCGAGGGAGCUGUACGCAGCGCGGCGUUCAACUCUCGCCCAUGCCUUGACUCGCUUGUUUUGUUUUCUCUCUUUCUCCCCGCAGCUCCUCGACAGCCGCACCUGCGCUCUUCUUUUAAAAGAAGGAGGAAAAACCACCGAGCGAGCUUCUCUAAACUUCAGCGGAGCAGCUGCUCCCUUCGGAAGAACGGCCAGGAACCCUCGAGGAGAAGAGGUAAGGGGACGGAGGGAGAUGGGCGUCGAGGGACGGGAGGGGAUUCCUCCUCAGCCUCUUUCCAGCAGCCCAAUGUUCACUCUCGUUUCUACUUAGUGCAGAGGUUAGAAGGUAUCAGGUUUCCACCCCCGUUGUCUCCAGGUACGGCUGGAAAGGGCUCCUGCCUGAAAUCCUGGCUAGCUUCUGCCAGCCAGGGUGGGCAACACUGAGCUGGAUGGAACAGUAUGAGGCAGCUUCCUAUGUAAAUCCGUGGGAAUGGGUUGCAUGCUUUUGCUGGUGCUGCAAGCUUUGCCGUGAACGUGGAUCAAACUCUGUUCUGUCACCAGUGAUGUGCUCCCUUUCCUUAUGGGACUAACACCACCGUCUUCUUGCCUUCUCUUGACCUGGUGGCCAAGACCAAUGCUAGUCAAUAUCUGUUCUUCCAAACUCCUAGACAAGGUGUCUCAAUUUAGAUACCUAUUUAAUAAACCCACUUUACUUGUGCUCUUGUGAUAUAGCCAACAGUGUGAUUAAAGAGUAGCAGAGAGGAUCAACAUUUCCCCUCCUGCCCAAGGUAUGUCAAAUGUCAUUCUAAACAGCAUUAGGAACCAUGUAUACAGAACCAAUGAGUGGUAAUUAUUCCAGGCUAAUUUAUUUUUGGAGGAAGGCAGAAACUCAUAGUUCUUUUAAAUGCUUCUUCAUUCAUUGAUAACUUUCAGGACCCUACAUGUUCAAAUGAAGCAGCACAAUUAUAAAUCAGGAAUGUGGUCUCUGGACUAAGGAAUGAGAGAUAGGCACUCUAACUUUCUGAUGUGCAACAUUAACACAUUAUAUUUAAAAGAGCUUCGAUAGAUUUUAAUGCUUUGGUCUUCAGUGUUCUUUCUUGGAAGCAUCUGCUUGAUUAUGAGCAAAUUUGUUCACAUCCAUGGUUGUAGAGGGUGUCAUUGGUGUAUGAUGGUUAGUGCUCUUUCACCAAACUUCCUUGUGCAUAUCAAUUUGCAACGCAAUGUAUGUGCCUUGAACAGGGAAGCAAGUGAUUAAGUUCAAUUAUUUUUUUUUUCUUUUUGCAGACCAUGACAUUUCUUCUGAGAUGUUAUUUCUUGCUCUUCGCUCUUAGCACAUGCCUCAUCCUUACAGUUCAGGCAGAAUGCAGCAAAGACUGUGCAUCUUGCACCCACCGAUUGGCAUAUCAUGCAGACAUCAACCCCCUGGUAAGCAGAAUUUAGGCUUGUUUCCGAAGAACCCAAUUAAUUUAUUAGCCAUUUAAGAAGCCUAUUAUUACUCGCAUUCCAUCUCUAUCUAUCGCAAGGUGGUGUACAAUAAUGUACAAUAUAUAAUAAAUAACAACAACUUUAAAAUAUUUUAAAACAACACAAAAAACAGAAUAUGAAUUUUGAAAAACCAAUAUAAAAUAGAAAUGAUGAAUUACCAUGAAAAGUUCUGCUAGUGCAAUCAGAUUACAAAACUCAAAAUUGUGUGUAUCUCUAACACAGAUUAGCCACCCCCUAAUGCACUUUAGCCAUUCUUGAAGGGCUGUUAAAUAAUAUUGCAAUGUCGUUUUUUACAUAUGUUUGUGUGUAAUGUGUUGCUUACAAUAUGUAUAAAUGAACCUGAGUACAGCUUCAGAGAGAAUGAGUUAUUCUGGAUUAACAAUGCACAAUACAGGCAUGUAAUUGUAUAUGCCCUCAGAGUCAUAUACCUUUCCUCCAAGGAGCUUAAAUAUGCGCUUCUUCACCCACUAGCAGAAGCUUGCCUGAAACCUGAUCUUAGUGUAACUGAAGAUCAUAUUGAAUACUUAAUAUUUAGAGUUAAAUUAUCUAUGCUUCUUUGAUAAAUUAAUAAUAAAUAAUCACAAAACCUGUCAUAUUGGUUUAUGCUACACUUCUGUACUGUACUUCACUACCAGCUAGUUCAGCUAGUUCAGCACCUUGGAGAACUCCCACAUUUCUCUAGCUUGGUUAUGUAAUUAUGGAACUGAUGAGCAUAGAAAAUGAGGCAGAAGGAAUAGGAUUAUUUUCGCUUACAUAAAGUAUGCAAAUUGGGCGUUUGCAUUCCUAAAAUUAUAUAUGGAAUCUAUUGUUUUUAAGACCAGCAUGAACACUGAAGACUUCAAUUCCAUUGUUCAUUAUUGUCUCCCUGUACAAUACUUAUCCCAGAGUUAUGGUGGUGGCAUAAUUAAUACCAUUCUUGGGUUUUGUAGCCUCUUCCUGGAGCGGGCUAUUUUGAUCUGCUGUAAGUCUUUAGGCACCAUCAAUGAACUAAUUGGCCAAGGUGCAUAUAAACAUGAUUCAGGAAAAUACAGUAGGCACAGUUCAAAAAUGGAUGGUUUCCUUUUGGAGCCCAUUUCAACUUUGCCUUUGAUGUUGCUGGAGAAUGUAUGUCUUCUCUAUCAAAUAUUGCUUGCCUGAAUAUCCGAAGGUUUAUGUGUUGUCUACUUGAGAUCCUCAGUGGUACAGAUUGUUUGGCGUAAUCAGUCUGCAUGGGUUCAUGUGAACUCAUACUGGCAUUUGGCACUUCCAACUCUAAUGCUCAGAUCCAUAAUAAUGCACAACUAGUUCCAUUUGCUCAUGAGGCAUUUGAACUUUGGUGGCUCAAACUGCAAUCCAUGCCAAAUGGCAAGCCAGUUUUGAAAUGUAUUAUUUAAUUAGGUAUUAAAUGUACACCCCACCUUUUCUCCAAGUAGACUAAGGUGGCAUGCAUAACUUUUUCAUCCCAUCUCAUUUUUACCCCACAGCAGCCCUGGGGGUUGGGUUGGGUUAGGUUAAGAUAGGUUAGGUAGUACAGGGUCAUUGAGUGAAUUGCAUGACUGAUUGAAAAUUUGAACCUGGUUUCCAAGCCUUGCGACAGCCCAAAAUGAGAUGAGCUUCAAAGGGAGCUUUUGAUGUGGCAUGUUUCACAGGUUCUGGUCUUCAAAAGUAAUAUUUUUAGAAGUCCCAUGGGGUGCACAAAAGUCCUUCAACUCUCCUAAGUGAACUCUUGAUUUCUAGCCAAAUCUGCUAGAUGGAAACCUGCGGGAGAGCCACAGAGGGAAACAUGCUUCUGCCUCUGCACUCGGUCUUGCUGGCAUUUGCAAGCCUGGGGCAAAAGAAUAGCAGACAUUUGUUUAUAAUACCCAUAUUCCACACCUGUCCAAAAUUUCCUUCACCAUCUUUUUGCUGAGGGUGCUAGAGACAGUGGAGAUGCAGAACUGUUUUCGAAUGUGGAAAUUAGGCAUCACCAGGGAACUGACCUUUAACAACCCCAUGGGGAAAAAAUAUGAAGUCCCAUGUUGCUUCAUCUCCAUGUACAUCAAAUGGAAUGGAGGUAGUUUGUCUCUUCAAGGUUCAAGAGGGUUCCUGUAAUUUUGUUACGCUGUUAUUGUUGUGCUUUAUUAUUUUUUUCUUCGUAACUGCAUAUAUUGCAGGAUCGUAACAAGGAUCCAGAAACAUAGGAACUUGCAACUAAAAGCAUUAUUUAAGUUCAGGACCCUCGUUAUUUUGACUAUAUAAAGUUGAAAUCCUGUACCCCUGGGAAUAAGUCCCACUGCAUACAGUGUGAUUUACUUCUGACUGAGUAAAUGUGCAUACUAGAACAUUAAAGAUCCAUGUAAAAAAGGUAUGGUCACAUCAGAUCACUUGUUUUAGUACUCACUGGCAACUCUUAACAAUGUUUCAGAGCACAUUAUCUAUAAACUGGUGGGCUGUACUGCAAAUUAAAUACGCCAUGUUCUAAAUUUGUUUCCAUUUUAAGCUGUUAACAGAUGACAUAUUUUGACAAAAUGUUUGAGCUGGCAUUAGAUGAAGUACUUUGUACAUGAAUAGAAUUGGUUUUAACAUUUCUUUCUGCUAUAGUGUUUGAUACCAUCACCCUUAUUAUAUAAUCCACUAUAAAUCACCUUCAUUAAGACCAGACUAAGGAAAUAGAAAUGUUAAUACGGAAUGAUAUAUUACUUGUGUUUGAUUUUCACAUUGAAAUUAAUGGGAUGUGCUUGAAUUUGGGAGGAAGUCAAGUGGCUAUUUAUUUUAGUUCUGUGUGUAUUUGAACCUAUGUUGUUUAUAACCAUUGUAUAACUGUUCUGUCUUGCCUGAAAGAAAAAAAGAGGGGGGGAAACCCAAGGAAAUUAGACAGCAUAAGAUAAAAAGGUACCUAGAAUUACAACAUAUAAAGAUGUUGUAACUCUUUGAAAAGGAAUGGAUUUGAAGUGGCUAUAUGUUUUCCAGAUUGUUCAUUUAUACAUGCAAAUGACAGCACUAUUGGGAACAAUAGUAGAUGAAGAUCGUGUUGAUAAUGAUUAACAUUUGUAUACCAUCCUUCGUCCAUAGAUCUCAAGACAGUUCAUCACAUAAAAAUUCCAGAUAAAAAACACAAAAUACAUAAUCAAAACCAAAACAAACCAAUAACCUACCCACCCCAUCCUCCCACCCACUGAAAGAGAUGUUUACAGUCACUGUUAGGACACCUACUUUAUUCCAGAUAUUCCUAUUCAAGCAUGAACAGCUUCUAUUUUGCAGAUGGGGGCGGGCGGCGGCUGAAUAUUAACUACCCCUGUAUCAGAACUGAGGCACAGGCAGCCCUUACACAGUGCCUGCUAUGAUUUUUUUGGGAAGGGUGUAAAACCUCAGUCUGGGGUCCUCCUUUCCUCUAGAUUCCAUUUUCAAUCCAACCAACAAUUUUAAUCAGAACCCUCUGAGAUAUUCAUUACCAGCACAAAUUAUUCGAAUUGUAAUACUAUAUCAACACAUUGGAUAAUUUACACUACAAGCAUAUAUUGACUAACAUAUCAAACAACGUUUUGCAAACCACUGCUGUCACUUCUCAAGCAAUGAGCUAGGUGUUCCAACCGUCAUGUAAGAUAUACUAAAUGGGGAUUCUGAAAUUUGUUAUCAGUAUUAGACAUUUUUGUUGCUGUUUAACUUUAAUAUGGAUGUGCUGGCAUGAUUUUUAAGAAGACUUUUUGGUGCAUUGGGCUAUUUAUAUUUGUGCUACAGAGAUUUUAUUUCUUUCUAUGAAGUAUCCCUGUUUUAAAUUUUGGAAAGCCUUCUGUGAGGAAGUUAUACUAAACGGUGUGGUCUAAAUAUGCAAAAUAAAACAAAAAAUAAUCCUUCCUUUGAAUGAAUAAUGUAUGGUUCUGUUGAAAAGAUGCUUGCUUCCAAUACGGUUGUAUGAACUGGCUGGUAUAGCAACCCUGUGAUCCCCAUCCUAUGUGAGUACACAGCCAGAAUUGCCCAGGGAGGGCCAUGCAUGCUGGCACGAUGAUGUGUGUAUUUACAGCAACUUAAAUUUCAGCAAAUGAAGUGGUGUAGAGCCACUGUGUGGAAGUGCUGCUUCGAAAGCCAAUCCCUUCACAUCAGUGCCUUGUGCCAGCCACAUGCUCAGCAGCCCCCACCCCCAAGGUCAUGUGUUACCUGCUUUGUUGUUGGCAGAUGUUGGCUGAGACCCUACCUGCCCAUGGACUGUCUCGCCAGAGUGGUACAUGCUCUAGUUAUUUCCCGCUUGGACUACUGCAAUGCGCUCUAUGUGGGGCUACCUUUGAAGGUGACCCGGAAACUGCAAUUAAUCCAGAAUGCGGCGACUAGACUGGUGACUGGGAGCGGCUGCCGGGACCAUAUAACACCGGUCCUGAGAGAUCUGCAUUGGCUCCCAGUAUGUUUCCGAGCACAAUUCAAAGUGUUGAUGCUGACCUUUAAAGCCUUAAACAGCCUCAGUCCUGUAUACCUGAAGGAGCAUCUCCACCCCCAUCAUUCAGCCUGGACACUGAGAUCCAGCGCUGAGGACCUUCUGGCGGUUCCCUCAUUGUGAGAAGUGAGGUUCCAGGGAACCAGACAGAGGGCCUUCUUGGUAGUGGCAUCCGCCCUGUGGAACGCCCUCCCAUCAGAUGUCAAGGAAAUAAGCAACUAUCCUAUUUUUAAAAGACAUCUGAAGGCAGCCCUGUUUAGGGAAGUUUUUAAUAUUGAAUGCUGUCUUGUUUUUAAUAUUUGAUUGGGAGCCACCCAGAGUGGCUGGAGAAACUCAGCCAGAUGGGCAGGGUAUAAAUAAAUUAUUAUUAUUAAUUCUGUUAAAUAUUUUUUAAAAGAUGCUCCUGGUUCUAAUGUGACUUCUUAAUCUAAAGAAAUUGAGAGUUGGCCACACAAUAAAAGGCAUGCCACCCACCCCACCUCAUGCUUCUUUGGUGGACAAAUGUUUCACCUCUGCACUGAACAUGCAAGUACACAUUUGACCCUACAUUAAGAUGCAGAUAGCCAGUCUCAGUGUGUACAGCCCACAGACAACUGUAGUUCCAUCAACAAAUGUAAGAAAAGGGUUAAGGACUUAGACUGCAUGUAGUCCACUCACAUUUGCUAUCUGCUCUCAUUAGGUUUGCUGGGCUUCCCUUCUUGUAACAACAUUACAUAUUGCCAUUCAAUCUCUGGCUCUGUGCCUGUAAUACAUUUCAUCUUUAAUAAAUAAAUGCAUUUUGGGGGAAAUGUGAUGAUGCAUCUCUUCUUGUCAAUGUAAACCGCACCACAAUUCUCAAAGCAAUGCUAAGCCAACCCAGGUUAAUGGUUCCCAGUGAGCUAAGUAUUGCAGAGAAAGAUAAAAAUAGAUAGUUGUGACAUCCCCCCCCCGCCGCCCAAAUAUAUAGAACUUGGUUUUAUAUUCUAACAUAUGGAUUUCUAGUAUUGCUGCUUUUAACAAGGCAAAAAGAGGUCACAAAUAUGUUCUUACUUUGUAAAUCAAACUAUUUUUCAGGCAUGUACACUAGAAUGUGAAGGAAAGUUGCCCUCUGCCAAGGCCUGGGAAACCUGCAAAGACCUUCUGCAACUGAGUAAACUGGAUCUUUCCCAGGAAGGCAUUGGUGCCCUAGGGGACAACCCAAAAGAACAGGAUGAGAGUCAUUUGCUAGCCAAAAAAUAUGGUGGGUUCAUGAAAAGAUAUGGUGGCUUCAUGAAGAAGAUGGAUGAGCUCUAUCAUAUAGAACCAGAGGAGGAACCUAAUGGAGGAGAAAUCCUUGCUAAAAGGUAUGGAGGCUUUAUGAAGAAGGAUGCUGAAGAUGAUGCCUUGGCUAAUUCUUCUGAUCUGCUGAAGGAGCUUCUUGGAACAGGGGAAAAUGCUGAAACUGGGCAUUAUCGGGAUCUGAAUGAUGGUGAAAUCAUCAAGAGGUAUGGUGGCUUCAUGAGGAGCAUCAAGCGCAGUCCUGAAUCGGAAGAUGAUGCCAAAGAGCUGCAAAAGAGAUAUGGUGGCUUCAUGAGAAGAGUGGGGAGGCCAGAGUGGUGGCUGGACUACCAGAAACGAUAUGGUGGAUUUCUUAAGCGUUUUGCCGAUUCUCUCCUUCCUUCAGAUGAAGAUGGAGAAAGUUAUUCCAAAGAGGUUCCAGAGAUGGAAAAAAGAUAUGGUGGAUUUAUGAGAUUUUAA